UUCAAUUCAGUUGUUUCCACAACUUUGGUGGACGCGAUGACGAACAACUCCGUAACGACAGAAAAAAUUCUUAAUAGCCCGAGCGACUACAGUUUGCAGUUAAAUCGAUGGUUAUUAAAACCAAUAGGUGCCUGGCCAGCGUCCACAUCAACAUCGAGAUGCGAUAGGAUCAUUUCGUUCAUCAUAGUCAGUCUCUGUUACGGCCUCAUACUGUUCACCGUGGUCCCUUGUAUAUUCCAUCUUGUUCUCGAAGAUGAAAGUACUUACAUAAAGCUGAAGACACUCGGCCCAUUCAGUCACUGGGUCGUCGGAUUCAUCAAUUACACGAAUCUACUUCUACGAAGGAAAGAUAUUCGUUAUUGUAUCAGUCAUAUGCAGACUGAUUGGAAAGCAGCGACAAGGCCAGAAGAUUUACGUGUGAUGAUGAAAUACGCCAAAAUCGGUCGUUUCAUUGCCGCCUUUUGCGCUGCUUUCAUGCAAAGUGGCGUCUUGGUUUACUGCAUGGUGACAGUGUCCACCACGCAGACCAUCACCAUUGGAAACCAAACGAAAGUCAUUCACAUGUUACCCUGUGCCGUGUAUAAGAAUUUAAUUCCCAUUCACGCUAGUCCAACGUACGAAAUAGUCCUCGCUGUGCAACUUGUGUCCGGCUUGAUUGUGAAUUCGUGCGCUGUUGGCGCUGUUAGUAUCGGUGCCGUGUUCGCGGCUCACGCUCGUGGCCAAUUGACCAUCUUGAUGACGUGGAUCAAGGAAUUUGUGAAUCGACCUAAAGACGAGAAGAACAACCUUGAGUUUAACAAAAUAGGUGAGAUCGUCGAGUAUCAUCUGAAGGUGUUGAGUUUCGUAGCAGGUAUCGAGAAUGUGAUGACUGAAUUUUGCUUCAUCGAACUACAAAAAAGCAAACUUGAAAUAUCCAUGCUUGGAUACUAUAUUGUCACAGACUGGGCCAACGAUGAUGUUCAAAGCGCAAUCACGUUUUUCAUUAUAAUGGUGUCCCUGAGUUUCAAUAUAUUCAUACUGUGUUACAUCGGUGAUAUAAUAACAGAACAGUGCAAAAAGAUCGGCGACGUGGUGUAUGCGACAAACUGGUAUUAUCUGCCCAACAAAGACAUGCUUAACUUGAUUUUGAUCAUCUCAAGAUCAAAUUCCAUGAUCAAGGUUACUGCUGGGAAAAUGACUCACAUGUGCAUAAACACAUUCGGCGAUGUAAUGAAAACGACAUUCGCUUACCUUAAUCUACUAAGGCAAGUGACAUGACAACAUGCAACAGUUAUUA